AUGAAUGAGCCACUGGACAGUUUUGCAAAUGCUUCUUCCGACUUCCCCGAUUUUGCAGCGCCUUUUGGAAAUUGCACUGAUGAAAAAAUCCCACUCAAGAGGCACUACCUCCCUGUAACAUAUAGCAUCAUCUUCCUGGUGGGCUUUCCAGGGAACGCAGUAGCGAUUUCCACUUACAUUUUCAAAAUGCGGCCGUGGAAAGGCAGCACCGUCAUUAUGCUGAACCUGGCCUGCACAGACCUGCUGUAUCUAACCAGCUUCCCUUUCCUGAUUCACUACUAUGCCAGCGGCGAAAACUGGAUCUUUGGGGAUUUCAUGUGCAAGUUCAUCCGCUUUGGCUUCCAUUUCAACCUGUACAGCAGCAUCCUCUUCCUCACCUGUUACAGCAUCUUCCGAUACUUCGUGAUCAUUCACCCCAUGAGCUGCUUUUCCUUUCACAAGACUCGAUGGGCCGUGGUGGCCUGUGCUGUGGUGUGGAUCAUUUCCCUGGUGGCCGUCAUUCCCAUGACUUUCCUGAUCACAUCAACCACCAGGCCCAAUAGAUCGGCCUGCCUCGACCUCACCAGUUCGGAUGACCUCGCCACUAUCAAAUGGUACAAUCUAGUUUUGACUGCAACUACUUUCUGCCUUCCCCUGGUGAUAGUGACACUGUGCUAUACAAUGAUUAUCUGCACCCUAACCCAAGGACCUCAGAAUCACAGCUGCCUUAAGCAGAAAGCUAGAAGGCUAACCAUUCUGCUACUCCUCGUGUUUUACAUAUGUUUUUUACCCUUCCACAUCUUGAGGGUCAUUCGGAUCGAAUCUCGACUGCUUUCAAUCAGCUGCCCCAUCGAGAAUCAGAUCCAUGAAGCGUACAUCGUUUCUAGGCCGUUAGCUGCCCUGAACACCUUUGGUAACCUGUUACUGUAUGUGGUGGUCAGUGACAACUUCCAGCAGGCCCUCUGCUCGAUGGUGAGAUGCAAAGCCAGUGGGGACCUGGAACAAGCAAAAAAAAUCAGUUACUCAAACAACCCUUGACAUACUUCAUUUAGUCAACC